UCAAGCUUUACAUGUCCUGAUUCAAGCAUUGAUUAAAUCCCAAUGACUGGGCCCGAACAUAGUGGGCCGAUGUCUCUCCUUUGGUUCUCCUCUCCACCUGCCACUGCGUUUGGUGCAUCAACCAUCAGUUUCAACAACGGAGACUGAUUCUUAAAUUCGAAGCAAAUCAUUGAUUAAACUUCACAUUAACGAUCCACCAACCCGAUCAAGAAAUUGAUCCAUCUCUGCAAAUACUCCAACAUUUCUCUCUCUCUCUCUCUCUCACUCUUCCCCACACACGCUUAGUUAUAGCUUAGGCAAACGCAGAGGAGGGACGGAGGAGAUGAAGGUCUCGGCGCUGCAGCAGAGCUACAUGAAUCGCCGAAGCAACAGCUUCAGAGGAUCCGCGCCACUUGAUUCAGCUGCCGACGGCGCGAUUAAAUCGCCGGCGGCUGUUUUUUGGCUCGUUUUACACGGCAUGUGUUGCUUAAUUAGUCUCGUCCUUGGUUUCCGGUUCUCUCGUUUGGUAUUCUUCUUCCUCUUCUCCACCUCAACUACCAACCUGUAUACGACUCCGUUUCGGUUAACUACCGAGCUCGGCAUUCCUCAAAGUAAACCUCAAAAUCCAGUUGCAAAUCUCGAACCACCGGAGUUGAACAGGACGGUGAGUUCGAGGGUGGUGGUUGGUCGCCACGGGAUCCGGAUCCGUCCGUGGCCGCAUCCAAACCCGGUUGAGGUCAUGAAGGCGCACCAAAUAAUUGAGAGAGUUCAAAAAGAACAGAGGCUUCAGUUUGGGGUCAAAAGCCCGAGGACUCUAAUUGCGGUAACUCCAACCUACGUUCGUACGUUCCAGACGCUGCACAUGACUGGUUUGAUGCACUCGUUGAUGCUGGUGCCUUACGAUCUCGUUUGGAUCGUCGUGGAGGCUGGUGGAGUGACCAACGAGACUGCGUCAAUUAUAGCAAAGUCCGGGUUAAGGACUAUUCAUACCGGUUUUGAUCACCGGAUGCCUAAUACUUGGGCGGAUCGCCACCGAAUGGAGGCUCGAAUGAGGAUUCAUGCUUUGAGCGUUGUGCGAGAGCAGAAGCUGGAUGGGAUUGUGAUGUUUGCUGAUGAUAGUAAUAUGCAUUCUAUGGAGCUUUUCGAUGAGAUCCAGAAUGUCAAGUGGUUUGGCGCUGUUUCAGUAGGAAUAUUGGCUCAUUCGGGUAAUCCUGAUGAAUCAUCAGGUGUAAUUCAGAAAGUAGACGGUGAGGAGAACCCAUCAAUGCCAAUUCAAGGUCCUGCUUGUAAUGCUUCUAAUAAGUUGGUUGGUUGGCACACCUUUAAUACCCUGCCUUAUGAGGGAAGGAGAGCAACGUACAUUGAUGACAGGGCUACUGUACUGCCCAGCAAGCUAGAAUGGGCUGGGUUUGUGUUGAAUUCGAGGUUACUAUGGAAGGAAGCUGAUGAUAAACCAGAGUGGGUGAAGGACCUAGAUAAGGUUGAUCGGGAUAUAGAGAGUCCUCUGUCUUUGCUGAACAAUCCUUCUGCAGUAGAGCCGCUCGGAAGCUGCGGCCGCCAAGUUAUGGUUUGGUGGCUCCGAGUUGAAGCUCGUGCUGAUAGCAAAUUCCCUCCAAGAUGGAUAAUUGACCCACCAUUGGAGAUCAAUGUCCCAGCGAAACGCACACCAUGGCCAGAUGCUCCUCCUGAACUCCCUUCUAAUGAAAAAGGGGUGAUUGGUAACCAGGAUCAGAUGGUUAAGCAUACUACAAAAACUCGAUCAUCCAGGACAAAACGUUCUCGAAGUAAGAAGAAGCAUGAAGCAAGAGUAGUAGAAACUCAGGUUUCUGCUAGGCAUUCUGAUCAUAACUGAAACUUUAGUUAGGGCAAGACUCAAUGAAGUUUAUACGCUCACGUGAAUUAGAGACUGAUGAGUUCAAUGCUGGCAGAUAGGACAAGGUCGUAAAGGAUGCUGGCUACAUGUAUAAGGCAUCUCGUAUAGUGGGCCAGUUGAUGUGGGGUUUCAGUUGAAGUUCCACCGAAUUUUUCACACCUCUGUGGCCUGUCUUAAGCAGUGACUGAUAGGUACUGUGGUUUCAUGGAAGAGGUAUGUCAACAACUCAUGCUGUGUCUGCUAUUUCAGGGACUUUGUGUCUGAUAUACUUCAAAUCUUAUACAUGAUUUUCAAACAAAGGAAUUAAAAGAGUCUGUGUCCAGUUGCUGGAUGUGUAGAAAUGUUCUCCAGUGUAAUAAAAUUAUCUUUUCUUGCCAAACAUUUGUGAUGUAAUAGAGGCAUACAUAUGCAUUAUUUGAAGAUUAUCUGAACUAAUUGGAAAUA